ACCUGAAGACAAUUUUUUUUGCAGUGUCAGUGUUUGUACUGAGUAGCGCUCACAGUGUGCUGCAUCGCUAAUACUGCAGAGGUCAAGUAAGCGCUGACGGCUGCUAAAGCUAAAAUGCCCUCGUUUUGCGAUGCUUUGACAAUGAAUGCACGCCGAGGUAUUGACUGAGGGGGUGGGGGUGACAGAAAUGCAAUGCCGUGUAGGGAGGCUGUGGUCUGUGUGUGGGUCCCUGUAUGUGCUGCCGUGAACUGCAAGCGUAGUCUCUGUCUGCCACAGAAGCGGGGCCUGAGAGAGGCGUAGCCCACGAACCUGCUUCCUUUGCACCUCUGGGAUCUGGCCUUCCAGCUGUGUGCUUAUUUGUGAGCUGCGUUCGCGAUGAAACGAUCGGAAUCCUGUUAAACUGAAGAGGAGCUGCCGGGUUAGCCUGCAUGCCUUCCUGCAUCAGGCGAAAGCGUCUCGGAUCUGCGUUGAAAUAACUCUGCUGGCACCCAUUCUCUGGAGAGCUGAUGGAUAGGUUACGAAUCAUCAAACACAGACUGUCGAUAACUCUGCGCAGCAGGCAGCCUCUCGAUGACUCCCUCUCCCAACUUGCUGAGCAGAUGAGUUUGGAAGAAAAUAACUCAAGGGACAAUGGUAUCGUCCAUGAGACUGUGAAGAUGGGUUCGGACAGUGAGAGUGACCAGAUCUCUAGCACGUCCUUGGACGUGGUCCAUUCACCUGCUGGGGUGCGAUUGAGAGCUCGCCAUCACCAACGCAUUUCCACAGAGGAUGUGACCAAACGUCUCUCCCUUCCGGCGGAUCUCCGCCUCCCAGAGGCUUACCUCGAGAAAUUUGCCACAAACAGUGUUCCUUUUGACAAACCCAUGAGCCGCCGUCUACGGAGAGCUUCCCUGUCAGAAAUUGGGUUUGGAAAACUGGAAACUUAUGUCAAGCUGGAUAAACUGGGAGAGGGCACAUACGCCACAGUGUUCAAGGGCAGGAGUAAGCUGACCGAUAAUCUGGUCGCACUGAAAGAGAUUCGCCUGGAACAUGAGGAAGGGGCACCCUGCACAGCCAUUCGGGAAGUGUCCUUGUUGAAGGAGCUAAAACAUGCCAAUGUAGUGACACUACAUGACAUCAUCCACACUGAGAAAUCACUAACUCUGGUCUUCGAAUACUUGGACAGAGACCUGAAGCAAUACAUGGAUGACUGCGGGAACAUAAUGAACAUGAACAAUGUGAAGAUUUUCCUCUUCCAGUUACUGAGGGGCCUGGCUUAUUGUCAUGGCCGUAAAGUGCUGCACCGAGACCUGAAGCCUCAAAACCUGCUAAUCAGUGAUAAGGGAGAACUCAAGCUCGCUGACUUUGGAUUGGCUCGAGCCAAGUCAGUUCCCACAAAGACUUACUCCAAUGAGGUGGUGACGCUUUGGUAUCGCCCCCCAGAUGUUCUCCUGGGCUCAACAGAAUACUCCACACCCAUUGACAUGUGGGGCGUCGGCUGCAUAUUUUAUGAGAUGGGAACAGGUCGCCCUUGCUUCUCGGGAUCCACGGUCGAGGACCAGUUGCAUCUGAUAUUCAGGACUCUGGGAACUCCAACUGAGGAGACAUGGUCAGGAAUCUCAACCCACAGUCAGUUCAGUGCUUAUCAUUUCCCAAGAUACAAGGCAGAGCCUCUUAUCAAUCAUGCCCCAAGGCUGGACGCUGAUGGUAUUGACUUACUGACCAAACUGCUUCAGUUUGAAGGCAAACGCAGGAUCACAGCGCAGCAAGCUGUCCGGCAUCACUACUUCCGAAGCUUCGGAGCGUCAAUCCUGGAGCUGGAUGACACCAGCUCGAUCUUUACACUGCCAAACAUCCAGCUGCAGAAGGAUCCAGGCUAUCGGAAUAUGUACUUCGAUUCAGCAAUGAAGAGCAAGAGCAGGACUUAAUGAGUGGCUUUUAUACCAAUAGACCAGCUUUCAGGAAGAACAGAUGUCCGAGCAUGCUGUUUUAAUUCAAUAGGCACCCCCACGUUGUGAGAGUGAGAGGCGAACAGCUUUACAGAGCCAGAGCGCGAUGUCUGUGCUGAAGUGACAGCUUAUUGUGACUGGUUCAUGACUUACCGUGUCAGAGCUGACUUGUAUCUGUAAACAACUGCACUACAAUGCUUUCACCAAGCAGCCCGAACCUGCAAAGAGGAAAAGCCAAAAACAACCUAAGCCCAGUCAUCGGCUCCUGCAUUUCAGGGUUUGCAUAUUAUUUUGAUCAGUGCUGAUGGACGCACCCAAAAGUGCGCUCAGUCCUGCCAGUGUGCGUGCGCCAGUCUGUCAGUGGGACCCAGUCUUCAAAGCAGUGUACUAUGAACAGCAGAUCACCGACUCAGUGGUUAAAGAUUUGAGGUAUUCCAACUCUCAGUGCGUACAAGGGCUCGUAAGACCACUCCGCAGCCCAACUCUAAACCCCAGCCUGCUCAGUACAACACCCAAUGUUUAAGACUCCAGAUUUCCUGGCUGUCUUCAGGGCAAUCUGGGCGGGCUUGACCAAAAAUAAUCAACCAGGCAAUAUUAAAAUGUCAGCAGUACCUCCACAAACGCCAUUGUACUCAUUUACCAGGAAGUUUAACCAGGUGAAAUGUAAACUGUAAUUCAACAGGAGGCCUUGGCCUAGUGGUAUUAUCACUGGAUUGUUAAUCCAGAGACCCAGGUAACAUUCUGGCGCCUAGGUUCGAAUCCCACCACGGCAGAUGGUGGAAUUUGAAUUCAAUAAAUAUCUGGAAUUAAGAAUCUAAUGAUGACCAUGAAUCAAUUGUCAAUUAUCAAGAAAAUCCCAUCUGGUUCACUGAUGUCUCUUAGGGAAGGAAACUGCCAUCCUUACCUGGUCUGGCCAACAUGUGACUCCAGACCCACCAAUGUCGUUGACUCUGAUCUGCCCUCUGGGCAAUUAGCGAUGGUGCAAUAAAUGCUGUCUUGCCAGCAAUGCCCUCAUCCCAUGAAUGAAUAAAACAAGUGUGCUGCCCACAACAGUAGCAAAACCUAGCUCGUGCACUGAGAUGACAUGGCUUCUGGAUGGAGUGAUCGCGUUCUGAGGUACACAGCCACACUUACCCUGUUAAACAACACCAGGCUGAAAUGUUUCUGGGUCCUGUUCUUCAAAAUAUUUGCAGGCAUUUGAAAUCGGGUUCCCGAUAGCGGCAGGAGUUGACUUCCCAUGGAUAAGACUUUCUUUUGGUGAUGAACCAUUUCCUGUUGUAAUGUUAAAAUACCAAGCUACAAUAAAGAAAAAAAAAUGCACAGAGAAA